GAAUGUCAAUUUGCCCAGUCAUUAAUGGGGUUAUAUCGCUGACAAAUUAACUAAAUGUAUAAAUAAUAGGUAGAUUAAAAGCUUAUCUGUCAUUACAUCAAAAUGGGUGUCACAGUAACAACUGGGAUUUGCGUGCUCAUGUUGGUUUCGAUGGUUGAAUAUGGACAGUCGGCGGGAUACGAUUAUACGCCAUCUAAAAAUGAAAAAACGGAGGUGGAGAUUCAAAAAGUUGAGGUAUACGAAAUGCCUUGGAUAGGUGACCAACAACCACAAAACAGUUACAGCCCGCCAAACCCACAGUACGGACCACCUAGUCAAGAAUACGGACCACCUAGUCAAGAAUACGGACCUCCUAGUCAAGAAUACGGACCACCUAGCCAAGAAUACGGCCCCCCUUCAACAGUCUAUCCAGACUUAACGACUACUAUCUCUCCAUUAAAUAUAACGAACUCUACAGAAACUGCCGAUAACACUACGAUCCUGGAAAAUGCCAAGCUUCAAAGUACAAACGGCGUUACGAGCAAAGGCCACUAUUACAUUUACCACCCCGGUGGCCUAUUGCAAAAGGUUGUUUAUUCAACCAAAGACGAUGCUGAAAAUAUGGCGUUCUCGGCACAACUUAAAUAUAAAAACGUCGAUCCUGUUAGAGGUCCAAUUUAUACGUACGAUCCCGAUACGUAUGUUUUUUCUCGGCUAAAUAGGAAGUGAGAUUUAUGUAGGUUAUCGUAGAAAUUAUUUAUUUCUCCCUUUUUAAUAUCAUACCUCUCAUCAUUUUAUUUAUUAUUUCAUGCGUUCCGAUAUAUUAUUGGGUUAUAUUAAUAAAAUAAUUUUUAUUCGUAAUA